AUGUCAGCGGGUGCAGCAGCUCUUCGAAGGAUGUCUGCCAUCGGCUGUCGGGCUCCCCGCACUUUGAGACUUUCCUCCCGCAUCUCCCAGGCCCCCGCCCUGUCGCGAUCUUUGAUUUCUUCAACCAGCACUCUGCGUACCAGCACUCUCUCCAAAUCAUCUACAUUGAACCGUCAGAUAUCCAAAUUUUCGACAAUGUCGCCUCUGCAAGCUGCUCCCGUGUUGGAGCGGGAAUAUGAUCCCGAGAUUAAGGACAUGGCUGAUUACAUCCACAAUUAUAAAGUCGACUCUGAACUUGCCUUUGACACCGCUCGCCUCGUUUUCUUGGAUACCCUCGGAUGUGGCCUAGAGGCUCUCCGCUUCCACGAGUGCACCAAACUGCUCGGUCCCGUUGUAGACGGCACCAUAGUCCCCAACGGUACUAAAGUCCCAGGAACCCCCUACCAACUCGACCCCAUCAAUGGUGCUUUCAACAUCGGUGCCAUGAUUCGAUGGCUUGAUUACAAUGACUGCUGGCUUGCGGCUGAAUGGGGUCAUCCUUCCGACAACUUGGGCGGUAUCCUUGCCGUUGCCGACUGGAUUUCUCGCACAAACCGCGCUGGUGGAAACAUUGGACAGGGCAAGAUCUUGAAGGUCCGUGAUGUCUUGGAGGCUAUGAUCAAGGCGCAUGAGAUUCAGGGUGUGCUCGCUUUGGAGAAUUCGUUCAACAAGGUUGGUUUGGACCAUGUUGUGCUUGUCAAGGUUGCGACUGCCGCUGUUACGUCCAAAAUGUUGGGUCUUGAUGAGAAGAAGACUGCCGAUGCUAUUACUCAGGCUUGGGUUGAUGGUCAGAGUUUGCGUACAUACCGUCAUUCGCCCAACACCAUGUCCAGAAAGUCCUGGGCUGCUGGUGAUGCUUGCCAGCGUGCUGUGAACCUUGUGCUCAAGGUUCUCAAGGGUGAGGGCGGUGUUCCUACUGUUUUGAGCGCUCCUGUCUGGGGUUUCUACGACAACCUUUUCAAGGGCAAGAAGUUUGAAUUCCAGCGUCCCUAUGGCAGCUAUGUCAUGGAGAACGUUCUCUUCAAGGUUUCAUAUCCUGCUGAGUUCCACUCUCAAACUGCCAUUGAAUGUGCGCAGAUCAUCAACAAGAAGCUCGCGGAGCUAGGAAAGACUGCCAGAGACAUCAAGGAGAUCACCAACCGCACCCACGACGCUUGCGUUCGCAUUAUUGACAAGCAAUUCAAGGCCAUGGACAAUUUUGCCGACCGUGACCACUGUGUUCAGUACAUGGUUGCAACCAUGCUCGUCUUCAACCGCUUGACAGCCCAAGACUACGCCGAUGGCUCCGAAGCCGCUACCUCCGAACUCCUCGAAGACCUCCGCAAACGCAUCAAGUGCGUCGAAGACCCCCAAUUCACAAAGGACUACCACGACCCCUCCAAGCGUACCAUCCCUAACGCACUCACCGUGACCCUGAACGACGGCACCGUCCUCGACGAAGUCGUCGUCGAGGCACCCUUGGGCCACAGAUUCCGUCGCGAAGAAGCUAAGCCUGAAAUCUUUGCCAAGUACAAGCGUCACAUUGAGCCUCACUUCGAUGCUGCGCGUGUCAAGCACUUGCUUGAGUUGGGCUGGAACCAGAAGGAGCUUGAGAACACCGAUGUUGACAAAUAUGUUGAUCUUUACGUGACAGAUGCUGUUAUUGCGCCAUACAGCCAAUAA